UUGCAAGAGUUUGAGAACAUGUCUAUCAGUGAAGCGAGUAGAAAGAUAGGGCUCUCAAAGUCAACAGCUGCUCGUAAACUCAAGCAGUGGAAUCAAAUGACAAGCGAAAUAGCUGAGAAAAGAUUCCCUGAUUCUAUCACAAUCAAAGAAGGAAAGGGAGGACCCGCAAUACUCAAAGACGAAUAUACUGUAUCUAUCUUUGAGCUGCUAGCUAAUGAGCCAACAUUGACAGUCGAAGCUGUUGCAAACCACCGGUCAAAAAAUUCAGAGAUAUACAGAUCACCCUUAGAUCAGUGGAGAAUCACAUGAAGAAAAAGUGUCGCCUAACCUACAAGCGUAUCAUUCCUAGAUAUUAUGAGAGAAACACGGAUGAAACUGUUGCCAAAAGAAGAGAUGCGGUAGCAUACUGGGUUAGCCAGAACGUAGACUUUAUGAAUGAAUAUGUGUUCUUGGAUGAAGCUGGCUUUAACAGGAGCAUGCAUCGCUCAUAUGGAUG